AUGAAGAUAAAGAUACCGAGAUCAAGGCUUCCUAAAGUUAUCACUUUUGAUGCCUAUAAUUGCUUGUAUUCAACUGUUCUGCCUGUGAUAGAACAAUACUGCUCCGUUGCAGCGAAUCACUCUAUUGAGGCUAACUCUAAAGUCCUUAAAGUUAAAUUCCCUAAAGUCUUCAAAGAAGCAAACCAGUUGCAUCCAAACUAUGGGAAAGGAACAGGAUUAACUCCAGAUGAAUGGUGGACGUUGGUCAUAACGAAUUUGUUUAAACCAGUAGAUGUUCCAAAGUCCAUGAUAAACGAGAUAUUAAGGCGGUUUAAUGAAGGUGAUGCAUACACUGUAUAUCCAGAUGUGGUGGAGUUUUUGGAAACAAUCAGGUCAAGUUACCCACACAUAGUAUUGGGUGUCAUUAGUAACUCGGAGUCAGUGGUCUUCAAACUUCUAGAAAGGCUGGACCUAAUGAAGUAUUUCCAUAAUAACGUGUACUUAUCCUACGACUUAGGUGUUUCCAAGCCGGAUAAAGAUAUCUUUAACACUGUGCUUGAUAAAAUCACUAAGAAGAAUCCUGAAUUAUUAGAUGGGACUUCAAUUGAGGACCUUAAGACUCAAUGCUGGCACAUUGGUGAUGAGGAAGAAAAUGAUAUGAUAGGCUCCUCUAAUGCAGGUUGGAAUGGUGUUUUAAUUGAUAGAACCGAUAGAUAUGGUUAUCUAAAACCUGUUGGAAAUCGUAUAGAGCAAGAAGCUCAGGUAUAUUACGCGAAGAUAGACAACAAUUCUGCAGAAAGUUGGGAUGAAAGUCGGAUCCAAAAAACCAUAGUGAAAGUUUCCGAUAGUAGAUUCGUUAUACCUAACUUUUACAUGUUAAAUGACAUUCUAUUUGCACAAGAUAACAAGCCAUAG